GUGGGCGCCCUGUGCCGGAAGCGCGCGCGUCCCGCCGGGGCGGCCGCGGGUAUGUGCAGGAUGUCCUUCAAGAAGGAAACUCCACUUGCCAACGCCGCAUUCUGGGCAGCGCGGAGAGGAAACCUGGCUCUGCUCAGGCUGCUGUUGAACAGCGGUCGGGUGGAUGUGGACUGCAGAGACAGUUAUGGCACCACACUCCUCAUGGUCGCCUCCUAUGCUGGUCACAUAGACUGUGUGAGGGAAAUUGUUCUCCAAGGAGCGGACAUCAAUCUCCAGAGAGAGUCAGGUACAACUGCCCUGUUCUUCGCUGCCCAGCAAGGCCAUAAUGACGUUGUGAGAUUUCUCUUUGAAUUUGGAGCAUCCACUGAAUUUAGAACCAAAGAUGGGGGCACUGCCCUGUUGGCCGCCAGUCAGUAUGGGCACAUGCAAGUGGUGGACACCUUGCUGAAGCACGGAGCCAACAUCCACGACCAGCUCUAUGACGGAGCUACAGCACUCUUCCUAGCUGCCCAAGGUGGUUACUUGGACGUUACUCGAUUACUGUUGUCUUCAGGAGCAAAAGUCAACCAGCCAAGGCAGGAUGGUACAACAGCAUUACUGAAAGCAGCCAACAAAGGGUAUAACGAUGUUAUAGAGGAGCUGCUGAAAUUCUCACCUACCCUUGGUAUUUUGAAGAACGGGACAUCGGCCCUCCACGCGGCAGUGCUCAGUGGGAAUAUCAAAACAGUCUCGCUGCUCCUGGAAGCAGGGGCAGACCCUGCCCUGAGAAACAAGGCCAAUAAACUUCCGGCAGAACUAACCAAAAAUGAACGCAUAUUGCGUCUCCUCCGAAGUAAAGAAGGACACAGGAAGAGCUAACUUAGUUGCAUAUUUGAUUGAAAGGUAGACAUCGUAACCACAUUGUCCAACUAGAAAUUGCUUUCAAAUAGUGUUGGAAAUCUUUAAAGACAGAAAAAUGCUCUGGAUGCCCACCCUGGGUCCCUGCCCAAGAAGAGCUGUGCUUUGUGCCCUGAAGCAAGAACAGAGCAGCUCAGGGCCCCUUCCUCUCAUUUACAUGAGCUCUCACACUGGCCGAUGACCCCACUCCAGUGGGGCCUGGCAGUUCCAUGGGUUCCACAGAAACUCAUUUUCAACUGUACUAACUUGGGUUUCUUUAAUUGCUAAUAGUUAAACUCUAAUUGUCAAACCUUCUAAGAGCUUUAAAUAAGAAGACAGAAAGAUUGUAAGCCUUUAAGACUAAAAGCCUGACCUUCAAUGAAUCAAUGCACUUUUGCUUUUUGUGUUAAUGUAUGUGUGCUAAAAUAUAUACCUCCAUUCUGUUUUACACAUAUACAUGUAUGUCAUUCCAGUGUAAAAUGCUUUCUUCUACCCAAGGAUUAUAGCCAUGGUUACUAAAAUUCAAUGAUGUGUAAAGUUGCAUUAUUAAAAAGCCAUUUCUGACAUUCCACCAUGUGCUUUUCAAAGAUGGACUGCUGAACUAUAAAAAAGACAAAUUGUUCAUUUGUGAGUUGAUUCUCAUCUUAUUCCUAGCACGUAAAAAUCAUUUUUACCUUCUGUCUGUAGUAUAGGUAUAAUAGUAUACAAGCAGCAAAUUUGGAAAUUCAGAAAAUUACAAGCCACGGGAAAUUGAGGCUUGUUUCUUUGAGCUUUUAUUUUGGUUCUAUUUUUGGGAACCUAUUUCCUGUGCCAUAACUAGGUAGAUUUAACAUGCUGUGGAAUCUUGAGUUUCCAAAUCACAUUGCUCGAUACAGUGACUUUGAGGUCCUUAGAUAAGAUGUGAUAUAUGCAAGUACAAUAUGUCGCUAUUACUAUUGAAGGUAUAAAUAAUAAAAGAUUGUUAUUAGUAUUUAGUAAGUGUUCAUCUAUGCAUGAGUUGACUGAUUCCAAGAAAGCUUGGUUUUAUUGAAUUACUCCUUUGAGAAAGGUGUCACAAUUUAUAAUUGAUGCACUUUAUAAUCAAUGGUGUCUAAAUGCCUCAGUCAGUGCCUAACUGCACACACAAAUAUUAAGCCUUCUUUCUAUAAUCUACCAUAUUAAACACCAAUCGUAUUCCUGUUAUUUAAAAACACAUCUUUCAUUUUCUUGUUCAUGUUCUACUCUGUUUUCCAACCAAUGUUCUAUGUCGAUACAUUUUAAAAUGGAGGGAAAUGUGAUCCCGAAAGAUUUUUUUAACCAACUUGCAGUGUUACUAAAAGCAAUUUCUUUAAGUCAGUAAAUAAUAGAAUAUAAUUUUAAAAUUAGAAGACAUUCUCUUAAAGUUUGUGAUGAUCAAUAAAAUAAUCAACAAAAAUCAGCUUAUUUUAAUCAAUGUCACAAGCAAUGAGCAACCCAUAGUCCCCAGAGAUACCAACAGCCUGACUAGCUGUGCAACACGUCUGCAUUUCAGGACAAAAAAUUAGAAAGCUCUGCCUGUAUUGCUGUAACACCCAUAUAAAAAUAUGUUAGUAGCUGAAAGACAGUGCCAAUUUCCUCACUGACUUUCUUUUUUUUCAGCCAAGUUGUACAAUUACACAUAUCCCCCCAUGGGAAUUUCAUAAAGCUCUAUAUAUAUUGAGACGAAAAUAAUGUGGCCUUAAAUGUUUUAUAUAUCCUUCCCUGAGAGUGCUUAGGCCAAAGAUGGUUAGUCACCACUGAUCAAAAUGGAAACAGUUUUAAGUUCCAAAAGACAAAAAUGGGAUGAAAUCACAAACUUAAUGUUUUUUCACUAAAAUAUGUUUUCCUUCACCUAUUCAUUAGAUCAUUUUUUGUGAAUAAUGCUCUUGAUCAAUAUUAGGGCCAUUAAAAAUGAAUCCAGUAGCUUUAACAAUAUGGAGGCCUUCUUACUGUAGGUAGGAGGUCUCCAGCUUAGAAGGCUAUGACAUUAUCCAUAGCAGGUAAUAUGAUUGUAUAAAUCACUCACCGAAAACUGAAAAAAGGUCUGUUAUUUAAAGUUAAAUUUCUUUUAUUUUGUGCACAGGUAGAUGAUUUUAUUUUAAUCUAAUUCACAAUUCAAUGACUUCUGUAUCCUAAGACUUAGCAAUUCUUAUGCA